GCUGCUCUCCGUCAGCGUCGCGCUCCGUCGUUGGUGUUGGAGAUAUUCGUAGGUAGGCAGUAGUAGGAGACCGAAGGUGCCCGCGCGUUGCGUCACUCCGUUGGACCAUGUCAGGCACGGUGGCUGUCAACCUGCGUCAGAUGUCCAUGUCGCGGACUUUCCUACGUGCGAUGCCCGUGUUGCGGUCGGCGGCCACCGCGCGAACGGCCAGGCGAUGCCUCUUCGACGAAGUCGACCACGAGCAGCUCCAGCGGGACCUGGAAGAAGAGAAGCGUGCCCGCUUCGCUCGUUUCGCCGAAGCUUACAACUUCGAUCUGAGCACGGAGACGCCCCUGCCCGGCCGAUUCGAAUGGCAGAGCGUCGGAGACCGAGCCGCGGCUGCUGCCAGCCGCGCGUCGGAAGCAGGGGACGCCGUCGUUGCUUCGGAAACAGAGGACGCCGAGCCUGCUGCGAUAGCGCAGCGACCCCAGCGACCAGUUUCCAACGCUAGGCAACGCCUCAUCUCCGACUAUUUCCAGGUGCGCAAGAGACUUCCGCUUGCAGAGAAGAGUGCCCAGCAGCCUCCGGCCAAGAUGGCGAGGCUGAUGCUGGCGCCAGAGACCGUGCCCUAGCCGAAGGGGGUGCAACCACCGAGCGGCAACAUCGCAGCGAACCGCCCGAUGAAGAAACCCCGUGCCUUCUUUUUGUGUGUGUGUGUGCCCGCUCGUGGGCGAUGAUGAUGAUUAUGAAUGAUCUCAAUGGCUGCUGCCCCCCCCCCCUCUUUUUGUUUUAAAUCUUCUCCAAGCUCUGAAGGACGUUACACUUUCCAAGGCUGCACCGAAGUCGCGCAAACAGUCGCUUCAGUAGCGCUGUGCCGCGGGUUGCUUUGCCUUUCACAGAAGGAGCACCGCGUGCAACGUCGCCCAUUACAAAGAAUACCAUUGUGACCACUAGAGUUCAUCCACACUGGCGACUCGGAGUGUAGCCUCCGCGAUUAGCUUCGCGUUGCCGGAGCUCAUCGCAGAGGCCACGCUCAGAGAGGUAGCGUCACCAAGGUUGUCGCAGAUGUUCUGGCAAACCCAAAGUUACAAAGCGACCGGUCGCGAACAGUCACGAGGAAACGCUUUUGAUCGAGAAGUGACUGUUUUUGGCUCUCAAUUUUGCCGCGUUGCAACUGCGAAAACGAGCGAUUGAUUAAAAAAAGAUUUGCGACGCUGAGUGCGCUAUAACAUUGGCGACUAAGUUGGCGACCAAGUCGUCGGUGUGAAUGUGCAUCCAUAUGAUGACAUUCGAGACGAAAAACCGCGCUAGAAGCACAGGCUGACCUGUAAGUUGCCCACCCCUUGAUCCCGGUGGGAAGCGGCUCCUAACAGCUCCUUCGAGGUUCGAAUAUGGCGCACGAAGUGGGCUGACCCGAUGCCUCGGAAGUGGCUAGCAGUCGCAUCCACGUGUGCGGGCCUUACAGCCACGAAUCGCCUGGAAAGGUGUAGCGCCUCCUUCCUUCCUUUCUCCUGGAGUGAACCCCGUACCUGAUCAGAGAAACGUCACCGACCACCCGAGUUCCUAACUCCAGCCCAGCCAGUGCAACGUCGUCCUGCCCUUUUCCACGAUCUCAGCCACACAGAAAAGGGGAGCGCCGUCUUUCUUUCUUUCCUCCUUUCCUCUUUUUUUUAAACAACAAAAAAAGUAUGUAGCAUUUUUAUUUUGUUUUUACUCGAUUUUAUUGAUGAUGCGCCUUUGUUGUUUUUAGAGAGAGAUGGUGGCGGCCCACGCACAUGUGUGCCUCGGAAGUGUGCAAUAGGCGCCGCACUAAGGCGCCCCCACCACGUCGAUUGUACAGAGAGCCUCUAUUCGCAAAUAAAAAAAGAGAGCCGCCUU